AUGUAUCGUAGAUGCCCGACAAUUCUUGGUGGAGAGCGGUCAUCUCCUCCUCCAUCCUCUCCAAUUUCUCCAAUUGAACCAGCGGCUAGCAUAUCUACUCCUCUCAUUGAAUCCCAACCGACCGAGCAAAGUUCUCAAUCUUGUCUCCACGGUGAGCCAACCACCGAGGGAUGUUCGGCGUCCAUUAGUUGCUUUUUCACGGGCCUUACAAAGACUGCUCGGGCGUUCAAUCCCACCAUCGUCGCUCAGGGGGCGGCUGCUUUUGCAGGUGCCUGGGCAGCCACCGCUAGCGUCGUGGUCGAAAUUCCACCAACAUUUGUUAAAGACAUGACACCCUUACUAGGUAGCGUCAGGGCACCAGCAACUUCUUACGUCCAGUGCGGCGGCAAAGCACCACCUUAUUCGACUUCUUGUGCGGCCGUUGUUACCAUCAACAACUACCAACAAUAUCGCCACAUUCAGUCGCCAGGAUGGAUAUUAGGAUGGACGUGGUCGAAGAAGGAGGUUAUAUGGUCUAUGGUUGGCGCACAAACUACCGAGCAGGGAGAUUGCUCGAAAUUUAAGGGAAAUAUUCCUCAUUGCUGCAAAAAAGAUCCAUCUGUUGUUGAUCUUCUGCCCGGAACUCCAUAUAAUAUGCAAAUAGCUAAUUGUUGCAAGGGUGGAGUGAUUAGUUCAUGGGUUCAAGAUCCACCUAAUGCUAUCAGCGCAUUUCAGCUCAGCGUCGGACAAUAUCAUAGCUUAUGGCUUAUGCAAUAUGCACUAAUGACAUGGAAUGUGACAUGCACCUAUUCUCAAUUUCUUUCCCAGAAGACUCCUUCAUGUUGUGUCUCUCUUUCUUCUUUCUACAACGAUACUAUCGUUAACUGUCCAACAUGUUCUUGUGGCUGCCAAAACAAUGUCACUCAUCCCGGGAGCUGUGUGGAGGGAGAUUCACCUUAUCUUGCUUCUGUGGUAAAUGGCCCAGACAAGAGCAGCUUUGCACCUUUGGUUCAGUGUACUUCCCAUAUGUGUCCCAUAAGAAUUCAUUGGCAUGUUAAGCUGAACUAUGUGGAGUACUGGCGUGUAAAGAUCACAAUUACAAACUUCAACUACAGGAUGAAUUACACGCAGUGGAACUUUGUUGCUCAGCAUCCUAAUUUUAAUAAUCUCACAGAAAUAUUUAGCUUCAAUUACAAGUCCCUCACUCCUUAUGAAGCCAUAAAUGACACCGGUAUGUUUUGGGGUAUAAAGUAUUACAACGACCUAUUGAUGACAGCUGGUCCUUCCGGGAACGUUCAAUCCGAAGUACUCCUUCGCAAGGACGCAUCGACGUUUACUUUCGAAAAAGGAUGGGCGUUUCCUCGUCGAAUUUACUUCAAUGGUGACAACUGUGUCAUGCCAUCUCCAGACUCCUAUCCAUGGCUGCCGAACGGAAGCUCGAGGCCUCGAAGCUCACUUCUUCUUCCAAUGGUGAUCCUUUGGGCAUUUUUAGGUCUCUAUGCUUAGUUGAAGCAUGAUUAGUGUUUGAUUUUGAUUUUUCUUGCAACAUAGGGGAAAGGAUGUUACUUACCAUGUGGUUGUAGUUUUGAGAGUUAUUAGAUGUCAUAGCAAUGGAGGGAUGGAUACAAUAUGAUAAUGUGAAUACCAUAUGUGGUGAAUUUAAUACAAUUUAUUUAACAUAAGA